AUGUCAACGCGGUUCGCCCGAGUGAGCGCGUCGGUGCGACGAGCGCUCGAGUCCUCGAUCGCGCGUCGACGCGAAUCGCGAUGUUUGGCGUCGGCGGUGCGCGGAUUAGAUGUGGAGAACGAACUCAUCGUGGACGUCGAGCGGGCCAACGAGCGCGAGCGAGCGCGUCGGGCGAUGCUCAAGGACGCGACAACGCGAUCGAGAAUGCGCGAGAUGAUGGUUUUCGAUCGAGACGUCGUGCGAGCGCACCGAGAUCGAGCGGCGUUCUUACAGGGUGAGGCGGUGAAGAGUGCUCCGGGACGGGUGCCGGAUGUGUUGUUGGACGAGCUCGCGCGGCGUUUGCUCGAUCGGUUGCGAGACAUCAAAAGGAGAUUCAAGCGAGUGAUCGUCUUGGGUGGGGCGAGCGAAGCGAUCAUGAGAAGGUUACUAGGAGAGAGGGACGACGUGGAAAAGAUCGUCGUCGUGGACUUGUCUCGAGAUAUGCUAGAUUUUCCGUUCGGACCGGGGCCGCCGGAAUUGGGGACCGAGGUCGACGUGGUGUACGUCCAGGGAGACGAAGAGAAUUUGCCCAUUCGAGAUGGUUCCGUCGACGCCGUGAUUAGUUGUCUCGGUCUGCACUGGGUGAACGAUUUGCCUGGCGCCAUGACGAGCGCGGCUCAGGCGUUGGUGCCUGACGGGUUAUUUUUAUCCUGCAUCUUUGGCGGGAACACUUUGCAGGAGCUUCGCGCGGCGUGCGCAUUAGCCGAGACCAAGUAUGAGGGUGGCGUGAGUGCGCGUGUUUCGCCGUUAGCGCACGUGAGAGAUUGCGGAAGUCUGCUCGGCAGAGCAGAACUAACUCUUCCGGCGGUUGACGUGGACAUUGUCAACGUCUGCUACGGCUCUCCUCACGAGCUCGUCGAGCACUUGAGAGCGAUGGGUGAGACGAACGCAAACAUUAUGCGUCGCUCCUUCUUGCCUCGCACCACCGCGGCCGCGACGAGCGCGUUGUAUUCGGAGAAGUUUCCGGCGCCCCCGAGCGACAGCUCGAGAACGAGCGAUUCUGCCAGCGACGCUCGGAGCGCUUCUCCACCGAACCCGAUCGAGGCUACGUAUGAGAUCAUGUACAUGACCGGUUGGCGCCCGCACGCGUCCCAACAGCUCCCCAAGGCGCGUGGAAGCGCCACGGUUUCUUUGAAGGACCUACAGGACGCGCUCGAACCAUCCCCAUAG